CCCGAGUGCAGCUGCCUCCUCUCCCGGCGUCGUUCGCGUUCCCGCAGGCGACCUGCGCAGACUAAUUUUAGAAAAUGCCUAGUAGGAAAUUUGCUGAUGGUGAAGUGGUAAGAGGUCGAUGGCCUGGGAGUUCACUUUAUUAUGAAGUAGAAAUUCUGAGCCAUGACAGCAGCUCCCAGCUUUACACUGUGAAAUACAAAGAUGGAACCGAACUUGAAUUGAAGGAGAAUGAUAUCAAGCCUUUAACUUCCUUUAGGCAAAGGAAAAGUGGCUCAACUUCCAGUUCUCCUUCCAGACGCCGAGGGAGCCGGUCAGGGUCCCGGUCCCGCUCCCGCUCCCGCUCCCCUGGUCGGCCACCAAGGGGCUCACGCCGGUCUGCUUCUGCGUCCCACCAGGCCAACAUUAAGGAAGCAAGGAAGGAAGUGUUGGCAGUUAAAUUGACUCCACUGAUAUUGAAGCCAUUUGGAAAUAGCAUCAGCAGAUAUAAUGGGGAGCCUGAGCACAUCGAGAGGAAUGACAUGCCUCCUAAACACAUGCAGGAACAAUUCCACUUGUCACAAGAAAGUAGUUAUGUAUCUACACAGCACAGCCUUCGUCCAAGACGAGAAGAGAUCAAAUUAAAAGAACUAGAUUCUAAGGAAGAAAAACUUGUGACAAGAGUACCUGCAUCGCUGAGAACCUUUGAAGUGACCUCCUCACCGACGAAGGACUUGGAGUUUGGAGGAGUACCUGGUGUGUUUCUCAUCAUGCUUGGCCUACCCGUCUUCCUCUUCCUGCUGCUGUUGAUGUGCAAACAGCGAGAUCCCAGUCUUCUGAACUUCCCUCCUCUGUUGCCAGCUUUGUAUGAUUUAUGGGAAACCAGAGUAUUUGGGGUCUACCUCCUCUGGUUUUUUAUUCAAGCUCUGUUCUACCUACUGCCGAUUGGGAAGGUUGUAGAGGGAAUGCCUCUUAUUGAUGGAAGAAGACUCAAGUACAGAUUAAAUGGAUUCUAUGCUUUUAUCCUGACAUCUGCAGUCGUCGGAACAUCUCUCUUCUGGGGCGUAGAGCUUUCUUACGUGUACAGUCAUUUUCUGCAGUUUGCACUUGCAGCCACUGUCUUUGCAGUGGUCUUGAGUGUUUAUCUCUAUGCACGUUCUUUGAAAGCACCCAGGAGUGAACUGUCGCCCGUCAGCUCUGGAAAUGCUGUCUAUGAUUUCUUCAUUGGCCGUGAAUUAAAUCCUCGAAUUGGUACUUUUGAUCUCAAAUACUUUUGUGAAUUGCGCCCCGGAUUGAUUGGAUGGGUGGUUAUCAACUUGGUGAUGCUUCUGGCCGAAAUGAAAGUACAGGGACGUACAGCUCCAUCCGUGGCCAUGAUUUUGGUUAACAGUUUCCAGCUCCUAUACGUGGUGGAUGCUCUCUGGAAUGAGGAAGCGUUGUUGACGACCAUGGACAUCAUCCACGAUGGCUUUGGAUUCAUGCUGGCCUUUGGAGACUUAGUGUGGGUUCCGUUUAUCUACAGCUUCCAAGCCUUUUACUUGGUCAAUCACCCAAAUGAAGUGUCUUGGCCAGUGGCUUCACUAAUAAUUGUUCUGAAACUUUGUGGAUAUGUAAUCUUCCGAUGUGCAAAUUCUCAGAAACAUGCAUUCCGGAAAAAUCCCAGUGAUCCAAAGCUUGCACAUUUAAAAAUCAUUCAUACUUCAACGGGAAAAAGUCUUCUGGUUUCUGGAUGGUGGGGCUUUGUUCGCCACCCCAAUUACUUGGGUGAUCUCGUCAUGGCUGUGGCGUGGUCCCUCCCGUGUGGUUUUAAUCACAUUCUGCCUUAUUUCUAUGUGAUUUAUUUCACCAUGUUGCUUGUGCACCGAGAAGCCCGUGAUGAGCACCACUGUAAGAAGAAGUACGGCGUGGCUUGGGAAAAGUACUGUCAGCGUGUGCCCUACCGUAUCUUUCCAUAUGUCUAUUGAUUCUGGUCUGGCAUAUUUUUAAAAUACUCCUAUCGUUCUGGCCACCAUUUGCGAAAACAAGAAAAACAUCCAAAACUAAAUUUCUUUUGUGCACUGACGGGAUCUGUAAAUUUUUUUUCUUUUUGAGUCAGGACUAGAGAGCCAAGUAGUAGAUUUUUUAAUAUAGCCAUGUUUAUUUUUAUUAAAUUAUAAUUAACAUAAGGAAAAAUACAAAUAAGGAUGUUAGAUUUGCAUUUUAAGAGGAAAUUUUGUCUUUAAAAAUCUGAAAACAGAAAAGUCUUAUAAAUGCACUGUAAAGAAUACUGUUGAUGUGUAUGGCUUUUGAUUACUUUUCAAAUUUUGAUUUUUUU